GCGUCCUUACCUGCUCUGAGGGUGCUGAGGGCCUGUCCAGGAUGGCGACCGGGCUCAUGAGGCGGUAUCGACUCGCCAAGGUUCCUCCCCCCCAGCUCAUCUACGUGGACCGGGACUGCUGCAGUCCAGACGGCGUGUCCAAGACAGCUGCCUUGUUUUUGGAGUGGGAGCGACUGGUGGUUCGACUGGACAUCUGGCACCUGAUGCGACGCUUUGCAUCAGGUGUCACCACUGAGAGCCACCAGCUCUAUCCCACCUUCAUGAGACAGCUGUCUCACUGCAUCUUCGAGGUGGACUCCGGAGAUGCCCGCCGUCUCACUCAGGCCAAGCGGUCCGAGCUGGAGGGGAAGCACGGGAUGGUCGGCCUGACGGACGCGGACGUGAUCCAGAGGGUGUACAAGGUGGAGUGGCGGCUCCACUGUCGUCGCCGGACACGUGUAGCGGAGGAGACGGCGCUCCUCAUCCAGGACCUUCUGGACACCUUCAACGGCCCGGCAGGACGCGACAGGCUGGACAUCCCGUUGCUGGACGCUCUCUGCAUCCAGGACAUCUGGAGCACCCAGUGGCGGCACCUCAGCUGCAUCCAGGACUGGCCGGGGGUGCAGCUCUACACCGAGACUGGCAGGCUGACUAAAGGCGGGGUCAGCCUCCCAGUUUAUCGCUGCGCGAGAGGCUCCACGUCUAUGGCGUACUUCCACCUCCACCGGUUCAUCUCAGGGACGUCUGCGAGACCCAGAUAUUUCCAGGCGUUCCUGAUCGAUGUGCUGGUGAGGUGGACCGAGGACCGCGCAGCAGCUGCUGCACCUCCACCUGCCGCUGAGGAUCAUCUACCGCCUCUGCACUCUUACAGUGGCCACCUCAAGCACGCCCUUAACCAGAAGAGCCAGAGGGUGCUCGGUCAUCAUCUGGUUAAGGAUUUCACAAAGCUUCCUGCGUACACAGGGGAACUCAUUGGGGUGGAGUACCUGUUCCAGCAGACAGGUAGCGUGCUUGAGGAUGUCAGCGGGGACCCUGCUGCUGCUGUCAUCGCUCUUCAGGAUGAGGAUGAGGGAAUCGAGGAGGAUGAAGACCCCACCAUCUCCGGGCCGGUUCUCCUCUCCUCUGACGCAGCAGCCCGGUCAGGUGGCCCGGCUGACACAGACAGGUCUGAGCCAUCCGGUCUGUCCCCCCCCCCACCCAGAAGAGGAUGUCCGUCCCGGUACCUCACGGACUCCCGAUCAGCAUCUCUCCUCAGACUCUGAGGAAGAGGUCCAGGGUCCUGAUGGUCAGCCAGGAUAUCAACACGUCCUGAGGCUGGCCAAGGCCCUGGUGGAGAUCAGGAGUCUGCCUGCAAUCCCCAACAGCAGGGUAGACCGAAUUGUUGCGCUCUGGAAACGCCUCCCAGAGUCUGACAAGCAGCGGGUCGUCUACCCUGCCAGGCACCGGGACAGACAGCCCAAAGGGCGUUUCAAGGCCGGGAAGGGGAAGAGCACUUCCUGUCCGGGGAAGGAGUCUCUCCAACGGCCCUGCAAACUGGCCUGACGCCAGCCGCCUGGUGGAGGCUAUUUGCAGCCAGCUCUACAGGCUUCAGACCGGUCUCCAGCUGUUUCAGCUGAACCAGAGGACCCUGUCACAGUGGUUCUCUGCCAGGCAGAAAAGGUGGGAGAGGGCUGUGCUGGAGCAGAUAGUGGGACUCCUUCCAUCUGCUCCAGCUGUCUCCCUGCAGCCUCUCCCUGAAGCUAAAGGGCUGUCCUUGGUUCAGGUGGGACAGGGACAGCCCUUCGACUACGGGACGCCAGAGGAGAAGCUCCCUCUCCCACUAUUGAGACCUGCCCCUCCAGCUCCACCGCCACCGCCUCCUCUGCCUCCUCCACCACCCCCGCCUCCUCCUGGUGAGCGUGUGCCGAGGACGACCACCUUCAGGAGGAGGAAAGCAGCAGAAGCAGCAGCAGCUGCUGCACAGGAGGGCCAUCCUGCAGGGACAAAAGUCCGCCGGCAGACUGUGCAGUACACCUGCACAAAGUGUGGCCAGCCAAAAAGGCUGGACACUGGCCACACCAGGAUUGACGGUGUUUCGUACUGUGCAGCUGUCGGCGGGAAAACUGUGCAGGAGUGGACAGAUGAAAUGAAAAAAAAACAAAAAAAAUAACACUUUUAUGAACAUUUUUUUAUUAUUUUGUUCAAAAUAAAAUAUUUUCUU